AUGAAGUUGUCCAAGGGCAUUCCGAUGCGCCCGAGAGAGGCACGCGUCAUCUACCUGAGCUGCCUCACUUGCAUCCUUCUUCUCAUGAGAGCUCUCGGCUAUAGCGUGUGGCUGCACUCCGACGUUUACACGUCCCCCCCUGUUCGGAAGCGUCGCCGACACGCUCACGAACCCAAACGGCCCCAGCAAUGGCGCAAGUUCGUCGACGCAGAACGAGCCGCCUUCCCUCCUCCCGGCCCAACUAUCGAUGAGAAUCGUCGUCGACUAAUAGCCGGGAAUGCCAAGACGGCAGACAUACCGCUCGCCAUCGAGUUUCUCCAAUCCUUCAUGUGCCUCUGCACCGACUACAGGGAGAUCAACAUCCAUGUGAUCGUGUCCGACUUGUCUGAGCAUGAGCUCUUCUGCUCCGCGUUGGACGACCUGGCGCCUUGCAGGGAGAGGUUCAGCAUCUUCCCUGUGCCUCCGGGGAACUACCAGACGAUCAAGAAGCUGGCGGCGGCGGCGGCGCUUGAGUACGACUGGGCGCUGUGGGUCGACUCCGAGUCCAUCGUCGUGCAGCCGUUUAGCGCGCGCCGCGCGUUUGGCGUAUACGCCCGGGCUCCAACCGUGUGGCGGUCGAGGCUCGCGAACCGCGACUCGAUGCGGGCCAUCAUGAGGGACGCGGCGGGCGUGCUACGCCUGGCGGACGACACGUUCGGCCCGGACUUUUGGAACCUCGAGAGCCAGCAGUGGAUGGUUGAGAAGGCCGUCCUUGACGACCUCGUCUGGCACGUCGAGGCCGCCCACGGCCAGGAUUUCUGGGCCGUCUGGGCCGCGCAUGGCGGGCCCUUUGAGGUCAACCUGUACAACCUGCACGUCCACUCGAGGAAGCUCGAGACGACUGACCCCUUGUUUAGGAAAUACCGCGUCCUAGAGACGGAGAUGGAGAUGGGCAAGUACAGCGUGUUGGAAGCGAGUACGCAGCAAAUCAAGAACGACAUGUCGGGCACCGGGCUGCUGGAGAGAAGCUUCUACUUUCUCCGGAUGCCAGACAUAUCGCAGAGGCUCUCGAACAUGCUGCACGAUUACGGCAUAGACAUUUACCGGUUGGACACGGUCGAGGGCAUGGUGCCGGAGGAGAUUGAACGGUUCCUCCUCGACACGCCGGUCAACAUGCUGUGCUCGGCCGUGCCCCCGUUAUAUGAGUGGUGGAAGGAGAGGAACAUGACCAUCGGCCAGUGA